AUGACAGAGAUUCCAAGCAGAAGACCCGGGGUCCAGACCGUCUCCAAGGAAACUCCUCUCGAGGAGAUCAUCGCGAUCCUCAAGCGUGAUGGCUGCUUGGUUGUGAAGGAGCUCGUUUCCCCCGCAGACGUCGACCAGGUCAACCAGGAUGUCCAGGAGAGACUCCACCGCGAUCUCGAAUGGAACGGCAGCUUUUUUCCGAAGGAAACCCGACGGGCCCCCUCGAUGAUCGCCCUCAGUCCCACUUACACCCGCACCCAGGUGAUGAACCCCCUCUUCCAGGCCGUCUGCGCGCACUUCCUCACCACGCGCAGCGUGUUCUGGUGGGGCGACCAGCAGAAGGAGUCCGUGUCCAAGCCGUACGUGACCUCGUGCACGGGGAUCGAGGUCGGGCCCGGGGCCCAGGCCCAGCCGCUGCACCGCGACUCGUACAUCAACCACAACAUCCUGCCGGAGAUCGAGGCAUGGGACGAUGAACGCGACCAGACCCGCGAGACAGCGCUGGGCAUGAUGGUCGCGGGGUGCAAAGUCACCAAAGAGAAUGGGGGGACGCAAUUCAUCCUGGGGAGUCAUUUUUGGGGAACCCACCGCACGACGCCGCCCGAUGUGCGGGACUGUGUCGUGGCUGAGCUGGACAAGGGUGAUGCUCUGAUCAUGUUCUCCUCCCUCUACCACGGAGGUGGGGCCAACACCAGCCGCGAAGAACGCCGCAUCGCGUACGCCACCUUCGCUGUGCGCGGCUACCUCCGCCAGGAAGAGAAUCAGUACCUGGCGGUGCCGCGGGAGGUGGUGCAGCGGUACGACCAUGCGACCCAGCGGUUUAUCGGGUAUUCCAUGAGUGAUCCGGCCUGUGGGUAUGUGGAGGAACUCAGUCCGUUCUAUCUGCUUCAUCCGGAGUUGUUGCAGGAUGCUAGACCACAGGACUUUUGA